AUGCUCAAAGUGGAUGAACUCACCUCCAUACACUCUCGAAGAAAAUUUGCAAGGAUAUGCGUGGAAAUUGAUCUGCGAAAGAAGAUGGUUCCGACUAUCACAGCCCUUGACAAAGAGUUCAAUAUUGUCUAUGAAGGAUUACACCAAAUCUGUUUCAACUGCGGUAAGUAUAGGCACAGAAUGGAGUAUUGUAACGAGAGGACAAUCGGAACAACCACUGAAGCUGCCGCCGGGAUGAUGGAGGGCACCCGGUCUAGCCAUCGGAAAUCCCCUAACGGACAAAAGACAAAUCAGAACACGCAGAAUCAACAAUCGAAUCUAGAAAAGAAAGAAAAUCUCGCAGCAAUUAUUAUGAAUGAGCCACCAAUCACACCUGAGGCUAGGCACCAAAACAAGCAAGUUUUUCAAAAUAUGGCCAUCAAUCAAGAAAGCAUUUAUGAGGAGCAAAAUUGGGACUUUUUAGAUCAUACAACUAAAGUGCUCAUCACUAGUAUCAUGGGAAGUGGGUAUAAUAAUGAGAUCAGUAAGGAAGAAGGGAACAAACCUCCAGACCUAAGCGAAUUUAGCUCCAAACCAAAGAAGAACAAAAACAUGAAAAAACUUGAUCUCCAAAAGGGAGAAGUCACUUACCAGAAUGUAGAGAUGGAUGUUCAAGCCAUCAACAGCAAGACAAAUGAGGCUCAGUGA